AUGCUGCGAGGGCCUCGGGUCCUGGUACCGGCUGGUGGGCAGCCCCCCAAGGGGUUGCCCUCGAUGAGCCCCACCGAGCUGUGGUCGCCGGGCCUCAGCAGCCCCCAGCUCUGCCCGACCACCACCACCUACUACACCGCGCUGUACCCGCAGACUGUGCCUCCCGCCGCAGCGCCGGGCACCUGCCUCGACGCCACUCCCCACGGACCAGAGAGUCAAGUUGUGCGAUGCGUGCCAGCAGGCCGGCUGCCGGCCAAAAGGAAGCUGGAUCUAGAGGGGAUUGGGAGGCCUGCAAUUCCUGAAUUCCGAACUCCCAAGGGCAAGUGCAUCAGAAUGGAUGGCCUUCCUAGCCCUAAAACCCCCAAGUCCCCUGGGGAGAAGACUCGGUAUGACACGUCACUGGGGCUGCUCACCAAGAAAUUUAUUUACCUCCUGAGUGAGUCCGAGGAUGGGGUCCUUGACCUGAACUGGGCCGCUGAGGUGCUGGACGUACAGAAGCGGCGCAUCUAUGACAUCACCAAUGUGCUGGAGGGCAUCCAACUCAUCCGCAAGAAGGCCAAGAACAACAUCCAGUGGGUAGGCAGGGGAAUAUUUGAAGACCCCACUCGACCAGGGAAGCAGCAGCAGCUGAAGCAGGAGCUGAAGGAGCUGAUGAGCAUGGAGCAGGCCUUGGACCAGCUCAUUCAGAGCUGCUCUCUGAACUUCAAGCAUCUGACCGAAGACAAGGCCAACAAGAGACUGGCCUAUGUGACUUACCAGGAUAUCCGUGCUGUUGGCAACUUUAAGGAGCAGACGGUGAUUGCUGUCAAGGCCCCUCCACAGACCAGACUGGAAGUGCCCGAGAAGCCUGAGGAGAACCUGCAGAUCUAUCUCAAGAGCACCCAAGGGCCCAUCGAAGUCUACCUGUGCCCAGAGGAGCAGGAGCCAGACAGCCCUGCCAAGGAGCCCCUCCCCUCCACUGCCACCCUCAGCCCUAGCCCUGACUCCGCCCAGCCCAGCAGCAGCACCCACCCUAGGAUGAUGGAACCCAGAGCAUCCUCAGUGGGGCCAGCUCUCAUGCCACAGCUGUCCCCUCCACCCUCACCAUCACUCCAGCAGAUCCCACCGCCACCGCCGCCGCCGCCAUCCCUUGUCCCCUUGGAGGCCACUGACAGUAUGCCAGAGCUGCCACACCCACUCCUGCAGCAGACAGAGGACCAGUUCCUGUCCCCAACCGCAGCGUGCAGCUCCCCUCUGAUCAGCUUCUCCCCACCCUUGGACCAGGACGACUACCUGUGGGGCCUGGAUGGGGGUGAAGGCAUCAGCGACCUCUUUGACUCCUAUGACCUUGGGGACCUAUUGAUUAACUGAGCGACCGUGUCUACCCCAGCAGCCUUGUUCCUGUCUCUACCUCCUCACAGACAGGCUGGCAGGCCCUCUGCCCACACAGGGGCAUUGGACACGAGGUGCUGUCCUCAGGGUGUGGGGUCUCCUUUCGCGACUCCCUGCUGUCAGAAGCUGUGUGGGGAGAUGAGGAAGAUACGGGUGAGGAGUCGGUCAGGGGUUGGGGCCUGUCCUUCCCAACACAAGCUGGGCUAGGGAAGGCCCCUUCAGUCUUCUGACCUCUGACUUCUCAGUGAAGGACUAGGUGAGGUGACCAGGUCCAGGGAAGGGCCCUGCUACCUCCUUUUGAGGGGUAAUUAGGACCCUCAACUUACCAAGAAGCACUUAAUGCCUUUGUAUUUAUUUCAGAUUGAGUUUUGUUUGUCCUCCCUGAGUUUUAGCAGGGAGAUGGUUCUAGUUUUUAGUGAGACUGCUCCUCAGGCCCGUGGGCACCUAUCAUUGUUGUGGUCCCAGGGCCAGCCUGGGCUUCCAGGGGCCCAGGUCAA